UUUCGACCCAACCACUGAACAGCUAAACUGCAGCCUUGUCUUCACCAUCUCUCAUCUCAGAUCCUUUAUCGUUGCAUCACGAGUUCCUCGUCGUUCUCAAGCUACUGCCUUUCCGAUCAUUCGAUUUUUCUUUUCAAUAUAAUUGAUUGUCCAGAUAAGGAGAGAUGGGGAGCUCAGGACAAGUGAACUGGACAUUGGAGGAUCACCCAAAGCUUCCUAAGGGCAAGAUCAUAGCGAUGGUGGUGUUGGAUGGGUGGGGGGAGGCCAAUCCUGAUAAAUACAAUUGCAUCCAUGUUGCAGAGACGCCCACCAUGGACUCCCUCAAAAAUGGUGUGCCGGAGAAGUGGAGAUUGAUUAGAGCUCAUGGUAUGGCUGUUGGGCUUCCAACAGAAGAUGACAUGGGUAACAGUGAAGUUGGUCAUAAUGCUCUCGGUGCUGGGCGCAUUUAUGCCCAAGGUGCAAAGCUUGUUGACCUUGCUCUUGCCUCUGGAAAAAUCUACGAUGGGGAAGGCUUUAAGUUCAUAUCAGAAUGUUUUGAAAACGGCACAUUGCACCUCAUUGGUUUACUGAGUGAUGGUGGAGUCCACUCGCGACUUGAUCAGUUGCAGUUGCUGCUAAAGGGAGCCAGUGAGCGUGGUGCUAAAAGAAUUCGAGUUCAUAUUCUCACCGAUGGGCGUGAUGUUUUGGAUGGUUCAAGUGUAGGCUUUGUAGAAACUCUUGAGCACGACCUUGCAAAAUUACGUGAGACGGGUGUCGAUGCACAGAUUGCAUCUGGCGGAGGUCGAAUGUAUGUUACAAUGGAUCGUUAUGAGAAUGACUGGAAUGUUGUGAAGCGAGGAUGGGAUGCCCAAGUUCUUGGUGAAGCUCCAUACAAAUUUAGGAAUGCUGUUGAAGCAGUCAAGAAAUUGAGGGAAGAAACCAAAGCUAAUGAUCAAUACCUUCCUCCUUUUGUUAUUGUUGAUGACAAGGGGCAGGCUGUGGGUCCUAUAGUGGAUGGUGAUGCAGUUGUUACCUUCAACUUUAGAGCAGAUCGUAUGGUAAUGAUUGCCAAGGCACUUGAGUAUGAAAAUUUUGACGUUUUUGAUCGAGUUCGAUUCCCAAAAAUCCAUUAUGCUGGAAUGCUUCAAUAUGAUGGGGAGUUGAAGCUUCCAAGUAAAUAUCUUGUCUCUCCACCGGAGAUUGAAAGAACAUCUGGUGAAUACUUAGUGCAUAACGGUGUCCGUACUUUUGCUUGCAGUGAAACUGUUAAGUUUGGUCAUGUCACUUUCUUCUGGAAUGGAAAUCGCUCUGGGUACUUUAACAAGGACAUGGAGGAGUACGUGGAAAUUCCAAGUGAUAGUGGAAUCACUUUCAAUGUGCAGCCUAAGAUGAAAGCACAGGAAAUUGCUGAGAAAGCGAGAGAUGCUAUCCUUAGCGGCAAUUUCACCAAGUACGCGUUACCAUACCCAAUGGUGACAGUGCCUAUUGCUAUCGGAGGUCCUGGAUUGGCACCCGGGGUUAGAUUCCGGAAGGAUGUUCCUGAUGGGGGGCUGGCCAACGUAGCUGCAACCGUGAUGAAUCUGCAUGGAUUUUUGGCUCCGAGUGACUACAAGACAACUCUCAUUGAAGUAGUUGAUAACUAG